AUGACCAUGACCGCACGACCUCUCAAGGUCACAGACCUGAAAGUCUGGAACUACGAUGGAAGCAGCACCGGCCAGGCGGACGGGCACAACUCUGAGGUGCUUCUGAAGCCCCGGGCCAUUUUCAACGACCCUUUCCGCGGAUACCCGCACGUCAUGGUGCUGGCCGAUGCGUGGCAGGCCGGGGCCUUUCUUUUCUAUGAGGGCCUUCUUUUGGGGGUAUAUUGCCAGGGGUUAUAA